AUGGCCGCACCGACACCGACACCGACGCAUUCUGCACCGCAGUCGACGUCACCGGGACCCGUUACGGCGAACGGUGUGACGAGCGGAGGGGAACUGUUCCCGCCGACGGCAGCGUAUGCGACGUUUAUGCACAGUGUGCUGAGCGAGAUGCUGCACGAGCUCAAAGCAGUGCGCAAGGAGCUCCAGGACAUUCGGCGCAGCCAGCCUGGACAGCCCACCCCGUCUGCCAAUCGGAAGCGCAAGCGACCCGGCCCGACGGCCCCAUGUGCGCUCUGUCGCAUGAGCCGUACGCCGUGCAUCGCCGCACAUGCGACCGAGGCAUGCGCCCGCUGCAUCCGCAAGCAAGUCCACUGCUUCGACGACUCGGAGAACCCAGACCAGCCCCGCGUCCGCCACCCUCCCGAGGACGACGGUCCCGAGGACGCCGAGUCUGAGCCGGAGGUCGAGUCGGUCGUUCCCCCGCCUCCCCCUGCCCCGGUCUGGCAACAGCCUGCUCCCAACGGCAUCCCGGCCUAUCCGACCCCCGGCUAUCCCCCGACCCCAGUCAAGCGCGAGCGCGUGACCAAGGCAUGUGCCGAUUGCCACGCCCGCAAGCGCAAGUGCACUGGCGGCCCCAACUGCGGCUCCAGGCAGAGCACGUCCUCUACCCGUCCCAGUCCGCAAAAGCCAGCCGGAACAACUCCCAACUCACGCACUCGCGAGCCAUGCGCUGAAUGCCGUGGUCGCAAGCGCCGGUGCAUCCACCAUCCCGACGGCACCAAUGGCAGUGCUGCCAACAGCAAUAAUAACAAGUCUCCAGAGGAACAAGACGAACUCGAUCCUCUCGAAGAGCUUCCUCCGACAGACACCGAGCCCGAACCGGAGAGGGAGCGGGACCGCCCCAUGGUCGAUCCCUCGCCAUCUCAUUCGCAUAGUCGUUCUCCCCCUCCUGGUCGGUGGCACUACCCCCCUGGCCCCCCACCUCCACCGCACUGGGGAUACCCCGAACAACACCGGGGAGCCCCGCCUUACCACACACACCCGCAUCACCCCCAUGGUCCUGGUGCAUUCAUCCACGAUCGUCCCCCGUACGCUCACCCGCACGCACAUCCCCAUGGACAUGCCCACCCCAGCCACCCGCCUCCUCACCCACACGGCUUGCACCCUCAUCCUCACCCGCAUGCCCGGCUUCCCCCUGCUCCCGAUAUGCGCCACCCAAGCACGGCAGCAAACCCAACGACGGAUCCGAACCUCCCUCCUUCGGCCGCUAAAUCCACCACCCCUGCUCCGGCUCCUGCCCCUGCACCCCCAGCCGGACGAAAAGGCCGCGCUUGCCUUGCGUGCAGGAAACUCAAGAUGCGGUGCGUUGCGCCCAACGAGGAAGGUGGGCCAGACGAGCGCUGUCAGCGAUGCGAGCGAGCAGGUCUCGAGUGCGUCUAUGUCGAUCGGAAGCGACGUGGUCCUGGAGGUGUCUUUACGGGUCAAGAAGGUCCCAACGGCAACGGCACCUACAAGGAUUCCACUCCAGGGUUUGCUGGACCAGAGAACCAAACUCCUGUAUUCGACGAUGGUCGGAGUGCCAAAAAACUCAAGACCGAAGGAUCCCCGAGCUCCUAUGCAAACGGAAAUGGAAACGGUGCACCCAGGAGAGAAGACGAAAUGAGGAACCAACAAGAUGCGGCGAGAGCUUUGGAAGAGUCUUUUGCGGAUGAAGAAGGUAGCGAGCGAUAG